AUGGCCGAGAGCCUGAGAAGGCUGAUCGGCAGCGAGAAGUGCGGGGUUUUGCAGCAGAAGCUGGAGCGGUGGUAUAAGGACUAUCACGUAAAUUCGUGUGAUCAGAAUUUGAACCGAUGCUGUGAAAUCAUGGAAUUGAGCGCCAUGAUUCAGGGGCAACUUUUCAACAUCCUCAAUCACACAGCUCGAGAAGGUGGACAUUAUGGAGGAGUGGACACAAUCAAAUCUCGUCUCCUGCCAUGGCUGGGGACUUGUUUUUCUAGCCCUGCUCCUGGAAGGACCUUGGAAACCAGCUUCUCUCUUUCCCAGGAGUCACAUGAGAAAGAAAGGCAACUGAGGGAAUUGGCCAACUCUCGGAACCAUGAAAUACAACAGCUGGAAAGAGAACUGAACUCCACCCGUUUACAGCUCACCCUUGUCCAGCAAGAUCUUGCACAAGCCCAGUUGGCUCUUGAAGACACAAAGACCAAAUCAGCUACCACUCUUUUGGCAGCAGAGGAUGAAAUUGUCCGGCUAAAAGCAGAUCUAAAGGCAUCUCAGACAAAAGAAGAAUGUGCUUUGAGGAAUCUGGAGCAGCUGAGUGACUAUGAGCAGCAGCUUCAAAUGCUGAAGGACGAGGUUGCCAUUCUCGGUGCUCAAAAAUCUGUUCUGCAAAGCAGGCUGGCACGAAGUCGAUCUCCUUCUCCAAGAUCGGUCCGAAGCAGAUCCCCCAGUCCACUUCCAGUGAAGAGCAUUUCCCCUGGCAGAGCCAGAAUUACCAAUGCUCCCCGUCAUGCUCACCUUGUAGAACGCUUCAGAGACAUUUAUGCUCAAGAACGUUUGGAUGCUCAAACCCUCCUGAGGAGCUAUAUUGAUGAUCUGGAGGUGGUGCAGAGAAUAAUCUAUGUGGUGGCUAUGGAGUCCUUCCAUGCGGCAAAGAAGGCCUUCCGACAGUUCAAAAUGCGUGUGAGAAAAACAUUGUCCCUAAGUUUGUCAGGGUCUGAGUCACUCGAAGACAUAGUAAUGGACUAUAUUAUUCGCCAGGAAGAUUUAUAUGAUGUUCAGUCCAGCGUCAAUGAAGUAAUUCAUGCAAUGAACAUCCAUCCUAGGAUUUCCUUUCCACCAGAGGUUGAUUUUAUCCUGAUCAGCAGUUUAAUACGAGAGCUGUGCCGUGUAGCCUUUUCAAUGCAGACCUUGGAUCCUCCACUUGACAUUUCAUUUGCUUCCGAGGGUGAACUUUUUAAUGAGCACAAGUACCGUCGCAGCUAUGACUCUGAUUUCACAGCUCCUCUUGUGGCCUAUCACGUGUGGCCUGCUCUUAUGGAAAAUGAUUCUGUCAUUGUCAAGGGAGAGGUAGUCACAAGAAGAGGUGCUCUGUGGUCUCACAGGAGUAGGAGCAGAAGUAGAGGCCGGAGCCAGAGUCGCAGCCGCAGCGCGAGCCCUCUGUCGCAUGGUGCAGGCCACUCCCGGCACUUGCUAUCUCGAAGCCGCAGCCCUUCCCCGCUAAGGAGUGGAAGCCCAAGUAAGUGGGCAUAUUCAGAACUUAGACAAUCAUGGCUUUAA